GCCAAGUCGAGGCCAUCCUCACAGCAGAAGAGCGCUAUGCCAAGACCCACAAUGAUCGGACAGCGGUCCUUUUCGAGAAGCGGGCAAGGGCACGUCGUCGCGAUCGUGUGGAAUGGAGCUUCCGACACUUCUGCGAAGAGAGGGAGUAUCCGCCUACCUUCCGUGGCUGUCUGUCAGCUUGGGACAUUACACGCAUUGCGGACGUGGCGAGCUGUGAGCUGGACGCGGAAGACUUCGCAACUGCAGAUGCGGCUGAGGAGGCUGAGGAAACUGGAGAUGAUGGCCCUGGCCUGCGCUCAAGGACUCGUUCUGGGUCGGACUGCUCUGAGGCCGGCCACGGGACGAUGGCUUGUCCGGAUGGCUUCGGUAGCAGCUGGCAGAAGAUCCUCAGUGAGGAGCUCACGGACGCAUGCAUCAUCGCCGCCUUCGGCAUCCCUGCAUCUGCCGCAGCGGAGGCCGACGAAGCAUGCUGG